AUGUCGUCAAAUUUGUUACUGUUAUUUUCGCUAAUAAUUUUAUGCGCUUUUAGCGCUUCUGCGGACCGCACAGUAGACUGGUGGGAGUCCGCCACUUUCUAUCAGAUCUAUCCUCGAUCCUUCAUGGAUAGUGAUGGUGAUGGUAUAGGAGACUUGAAUGGUAUUACUUCCCGACUGGAAUAUCUCAAGGAAAUAGGGGUGACGGCUGCAUGGCUUUCGCCAAUUUUUGAUUCACCGAUGGCCGAUAUGGGCUAUGAUAUAGCUAAUUACACUAAAAUUUCGCCGCUCUUUGGCACAAUGGAGAACUUUGAGGCAAUGCUUGCAAAGGCUCAUGAAUUAGGACUGAAAAUUUUAUUGGAUUUUGUGCCAAAUCACACAAGUAAUGAGAGCGAGUGGUUCCAGAAGUCGAUACGUCGUGAAGAUGGUUACGAUGAUUUCUAUGUAUGGGACGAUGGUAAAACCGACCCAGAAACGGGAGAACGUAUACCGCCAAGUAAUUGGAUAUCAGCAUUUAAUGGGUCGUCAUGGGCAUGGAAUGAACAACGUCAACAAUAUUAUUUACACCAGUUUUUAGUCAAUCAACCUGAUUUAAACCUCACCAAUCCUAUGGUACGUGAACAGCUGAUCGAAGUGUUAAAAUUCUGGCUUGAUCGUAAUGUGGAUGCUUUUCGCAUUGAUGCGGUACCAUUUUUCUACGAGACGCGUUUAGCAAAUGGUACAUAUGCAGAUCAGCCGAGGCUUAACCCCAUCUAUACAAAAGAUCAACCAGAAAAUCCCCAAUGGUUAUACGAGUGGCGCGAGUUCUUAGAUGGAUACAAGAAGGAGCAUGGCGGUGACGCUAGGGUACAACUCGUUGAAGCUUAUUCCACCGUUGAAGUUUUAAGCACGUACAUUAGCAAUGGCACGACCGCCGGUUCCGAAAUGCCAAUGAAUUUUAACUUUAUUAAAUUACAAACCAAUGCCACUGCAAAGAUUGUUGAAGACUGGACUAAAAAUUGGAUGGACGUAAUUUGGGCAAAACAUAAAGUAGCCAAUUGGCAAUUGGGUAAUCAUGACAACAGUCGUCCAGCUACACGCAUAGGAGAAACUAAAAAAGAUUUGAUGACGAUGUUAGUGCAGGUAUUGCCCGGUGCAACUAUUAAUUAUUACGGCGAUGAGAUCGGCAUGACCGACGGGGUAUGCUUACCAAAUUGUGAUUUCCGAGAUCCAGAGCGUUCUCCAAUGCAAUGGGACUCUUCGAAGAAUGCCGGCUUCAGCACAGGAGACUCCACAUGGCUACCUGUUAAUCCUAACUACGAAUAUCUCAAUGUAGAGGCACAACGGAGCGUAGAACGUAGCACUUUGAAUAUAUUCAAGGGGAUGACCGAACUAAAAAACACAACUGCUUUUAAGGCAUUCAAAGAAGAAGGUGGCUUUUCGUAUGGAGCUUUGACGGAACAGGUCUUUCAAGUUGUGAGAACUGCUGCUGGUAUUGAGGAGUACCGUUUCCUAGGUAACUUUGGUAACCAAACAGAAUAUUUGGAUGGUUUGACAAAUAAGACCAUGGUGUAUGUGCUACUCACUUCCUAUUCUCCCCACAAAUAUGGUGAUACAGUUGAUUUAAGCGGACGAAUUUGUUUGGAGCCCCAUGAAGCAGUCAUUCUACGAUGGACUGCGUAAAGUUUAUAUGGCACAUUUUGUGCAUACCAAUUCUAGUUGACUAUUUUAACUUAUCACCUUGUGACCAGCACUUGAUAAAAAUAAAAUAUUAUAUUUUGCAGUA